AUGAUUUUGAGUACUUCAAGUCUAAUGAUAACUUCUGCUUUAUCUUCAGUGAUACUUUCUGAUGUUUCUGUUGUCACUUCUAUUCUUGGUUACUUUAACACCACUCUGUCUACCUUUAGUUCAUCAAGUUCUCAUUCCACAUCCCAACUUUUGACUACAUCGACCGGCUCUUAUUAUACUGUUACCUCUUCUUCUGCAUCAGCUUCCUAUUUGAGUACGAGCAGUACUUCCGCUUCCAUUAUAUCAACUAUCUCAUCCAAAAGCUCAACUACCAGUCAGUCUUCUGGAUUGGUGCUGUCUACAUCUAUUGCUACAGAAACCUCCAGUGUCACCCCAACCACAUUGAUAGCAUCAGUUUCUAGUACCUCCAAUAGUACUCACAUUACUUCGUCGUCAACAUUUGCUAAAACCACCUCUGUUUCCUCCACUCCUAGUGUUUUCACAACCAGUCUGAUAUCUUACACCUCUUCUGCUGCUAGUACCACAUCUGUCAAUGGAACUUCUGCGACAUCUGCUUCUACUGUUGCUAGUAGCACCUCUGUCGCUUCAGGAACUACCAAAGGGAACUCCAGCACCAUUGUGUCUACUGUUUCCAAUAGUACUUCUGCAACCUUCUACAACUAG